AUGCAGAAGCAGAAGGAGGGAGAAGAUAAAAACAGUGAUGGAAACAAGAAGAGUUCCGUCGUCAUAAGAAUACCUUCUUAUCAGGAAGUAGUUGAAAGUUCGCAGGCAAAAUCGACUCCACCGUCUCUCUUCCUUCCUUCCCAAACCUUUUCCCAAGCUUUCGCCUCCGUCAAAUCCUCCGACUUCUACGUUCCCCCUCCUCCUCCACCAUCCAGGGAAACUGCUCAAUCGGACGCUCCAUCUUCAACCUCGACACCAUCUCCUGCUGCUGCUGCAGCAGCAGCUUCAUCCAAAUUACCGUCCUCUCAACCCUCUCAGAAUCGCAAUUCAAUUCUUGUGAGCCACAGACAGAAGGGAAACCCUUUGCUCAAAUACAUUAGGAAUGUUAGAUGGGCAUUUGCCGAUGUUGUGUGUGACUACGUGCUUGGCCAAAGCUCCUGUGCUCUCUAUCUCAGUCUUCGCUAUCAUCUUCUGCAUCCAGACUACUUGUAUUAUAGAAUUAGGGAGUUGCAGAAGAACUUCAAGCUUCGUGUGGUUUUAUGCCAUGUUGAUGUGGAAGAUGUAAUAAAGCCUCUGCUUGAAGUUACAAAAACCGCUUUGCUUCAUGACUGUACGCUCCUAUGUGGAUGGAGUCUGGAGGAAUGUGGCCGAUACUUGGAGACCAUAAAAGUCUAUGAAAACAAGCCUGCAGACAUUAUUCAAGGCCAAAUGGAUACAGAUUAUCUAUCACGGCUAACACAUGCCCUUACUACAGUCCGGCAUGUUAACAAGACUGAUGUCGUCACCCUUGGUACCACAUUUGGGUCUCUUUCUAACAUUAUGGGUGCAUCUAUGGAAGAUCUGGCUCGAUGCCCUGGCAUAGGAGAGCGCAAGGUCAAGCGCUUGUUUGACACUUUUCAUGAACCUUUCAGGCGUGUGGAAUCAAGCCGGCAAACCAUUCCAGAGACUUCUGUUCAGAACAUGCCAACUAGUCCAGUCUCAUUGAUCAGGAUCAAUACUGAAUCUUCCUCCUUGAUUGAAGACAAGCAAGAGGACAUAGAAGCUGUGAACAAACGUAGGAAGAAAGAACCCGAAGUUACUGUCAAAUCUGCCCUCUCUGCAGCUUUUGCCAGAUACUCUGAUAGAGUUGGAAAGAGGAAAAACACUUCACAAGUGGAGGAAAAAGGAGACUCAAAUGUUUUCAAAGAAUCAGAAGCUGAAACAUAA